CUCGCGUGCCUCUACCCACGUCUGUAUGCCUGUCUGUACAGAUCCAGGUUCGGGGCGCUCGGCCCUGCUGCAGUCCCUCUGGCGGUCGCCGUAGCCGCGCAGCCCCGACCCGGGGCUCCCUGAAGGAGAAAAUCAUGAAUGAAACGGAUGCUGCGCUCCGACUCCCCCGCCCUCCCUGCCCCAGCCACCUUGGCGUGGGGCGGGGCCUGCCGGGACUCCUCUCCGAGUGGCUGCGGGUGGGGGGCGCCUGCGAGGAGAUCCGAGGCCGAAGGUCUGCGAUCCGCCCCCUCGGGCCCUGGGCGCCACCGGCGCGCCCCUGCCCCCACCCCGCCAGCCCCGCGGAGCCCUGCGCAGUUCCCGGGGGCGGGGCGGAGCCGGGGCUGGGGGUGCCGAGCCGACCCGGCGACUGCGCCGGCGACUCCGCAGCUGAAGCGUGCUCGGCCCGGCGAUCUGGCGAGGGAGCGCGCACGGAGCGCGGGCCUGAGCAGCAGGCGGACGGACCGACGGCCGGACGCCCCCGCACACGCAGACGCACAGAGCUCGGCGCGGGCCCCGUCACACACAGGGACACACGCACCCUCGCGCGCGCACAGCUCCCGCCACCCUGCCUGCCCGCUCGCCGGCGCCCGGAGCCCGCUCUGGCCGGAGAGAGAGAGAACUGUGCCGCUGAUGACUCCGCAGGAGGGGCCCCGGACAUGUGCUGCAGUGAGAGGCUGUCGGGUCUUCCCCAGCCGAUAGUGAUGGAGGCGCUGGACAAGGCCAAAGGGCACCCUGACACACAGAGAGAGAUGCCACCGCCCUCUCCACCCUCAGAGCCUGCUCAGAAACCGCCACCUCAAGGCGCUGGGAGCCACUCCCUCACUGUCAGGAGCAGCCUGUGCCUGUUCGCUGCCUCACAGUUCCUGCUUGCCUGCGGGGUGCUCUGGUUCAGCGGCUAUGGCCACAUCUGGUUGCAGAAUGCCACAGACCUCCUCUGCACCUCGCUCACACUCCUGACACAGCUGGGACCCACGGCUUCGCUGGGCACCAGAACCUGGGGCAUCCCCAGUCUGCUGCUGGUCUCUCUGUCUGUGGGCCUGGUCCUGGUCACCACCACCUUGCUGUGGCACGUCCUGAAGCCCCCCCCAGAGGCACCCAGCCUGCUGCCCCCAGAGGACAGGCGCCAGUCGGUGAGCCGCCAGCCCUCCUUCACCUACUCGGAGUGGAUGGAGGACAAGGUGGAGGAUGACUUCCUGGACCUGGACCCUGUGCCCGAGACGCCUGUGUUUGACUGCGUGAUGGACAUCAAGCCUGAGGCUGACCCCACCUCGCUGACCGUCAAGUCCAUGGGUCUGCAGGAGAGGCGGGGCUCCAAUGUCUCCCUGACCCUUGACAUGUGCACCCCGGGCUGCAAUGAGGAGGGCUUUGGCUACCUCGUGUCACCUCGCGAGGAGCUGGCCCACGAGUACCUGCUCAGCGCCUCCCGCGUCCUUCGAGCUGAGGAACUGCACGAAAAGGCCCUGGACCCCUUCCUGCUGCAGGCCGAGUUCUUUGAAAUCCCCAUGAACUUCGUGGAUCCGAAAGAGUAUGACAUCCCUGGGCUGGUUCGGAAGAACCGGUACAGAACCAUCCUUCCCAAUCCCCACAGCAGAGUGUGUCUGACCUCACCAGACCCCGAGGACCCUCUGAGUAGCUACAUCAACGCCAACUACAUCCGGGGCUACCGUGGGGAGGAGAAGGUGUACAUCGCCACGCAGGGACCCAUUGUCAGCACGGUGGCUGACUUCUGGCGCAUGGUGUGGCAGGAGCACACGCCCAUCAUCGUCAUGAUCACCAACAUCGAGGAGAUGAACGAGAAAUGCACCGAGUACUGGCCGGAGGAGCAGGUGGUGUACGACGGCGUGGAAAUCACCGUGCAGAAGGUCAUUCACACCGAGGAUUACCGGCUGCGGCUCAUCUCCCUCAGGAGUGGGACUGAAAAACGGGGCCUGAAGCACUACUGGUUCACAUCCUGGCCCGACCAGAAGACCCCAGACCGGGCACCCCCCCUCCUCCACCUGGUGCGGGAGGUGGAGGAGGCAGCCCAGCAGGAGGGGCCCCGCUGCGCCCCCAUCAUCGUGCACUGCAGCGCAGGGAUUGGGAGGACCGGCUGCUUCAUUGCCACCAGCAUCUGCUGCCAGCAGCUGCGGCACGAGGGCGUGGUGGACAUCCUGAAGACCACGUGCCAGCUCCGGCAGGACAGGGGUGGCAUGAUCCAGACAUGCGAGCAGUACCAGUUUGUGCACCACGUCAUGAGCCUCUAUGAGAAGCAGCUGUCCCGCCAGUCCCCAGAGUGACCGCGCUCCUCUUCCCAGGUCCUCUGGGCCCUGCCUGGGUCCUGGCCUGCUCCCCAUUCUGCCCGUCCUCCCCUCUCAGUGUGCUCCCUCCCUCCUCGGUCAGCCUGGCCUGGCCCCUACCCCAGCGUAGCUCUUCCUACUGUACAUAUGGGGAGUCAGGGAGGGCAGGGGGGGAAUGUGCCAGGCCAGGCCUGGGGCCCAGGGGCCUGACCCACACCGUGCAGCCCCGGGGCCUCAGUUUUAACGACGGUUCCAUUGCUACUUGGUCCAGAACAUUUCCAUGCUGCCCUCUUGAGUGUCCUGCCGCAGCGCGUUGUCUGUCCACCCAUCUCUGCUCUCUGUACCGGACACUGUGUCUCCUCGGCCCAGGAAAGGGGCCUGAGCUCCAGCCCCUGGCAGCCCAGGCAGAGGUGCCUGUCUCGGGUCCCCCACCCCACUUCCCCCAACAAGCAGGCUGCGUUUUGUGCCCUUAAUUGGGACCAGGAUGUAGAGGGCGGGGCCGCAGAGGACCUGGAGGCCAAGGACAGGGAGCUGCCAGCUGGGCACAGUCUCUGGGUUGGGGUGGGCAUCACAGCCCAGAUGGCCUCGGGCUGUCAGGUGCCUUCGGGAGGCAUGGGAGGGGAAGGGGACAGCUGGGGGUGGGAACCCAGAUGCUCUGGGCCCUGGUGGGCGUGGGCGGGGGCAGCGUGACACAUCUUCCUGCAUCACUGUGGGAAAGGCCUCCCAGGAGUCUCGCUGCGUGUCGCUCUGCGUGUGUUCCCGUGUCCGUGCGUGUGUUGAGAGCCCAUCAGCAGGGCAUGCAUGACUUCAGCAACAUGUGUUAUCUUGGAGCCACGUGUUUUUAUUGCUGACUUUAAAUAUUUAUUCCACGACAGAGAUAUUUGGUGUCUUUUUAUAAUUCGCUCGUGGUCAUUAAAUAGAGCAAUAAACAGAGCAUUUGGAGCAAAACUA